AUUCCAACGCGGCUCAUGUUGUUUCCCUCACGCCUUCCAAUCCCACGGACGCCAUAGGAAGACCAACACUCUAGGGUUCUUCCCUGCCACUUUCCCAAGUCCAAGGUCAGCUCUCUCAUGCCCCCCUCCUAUCCGCCCGUUUCCUUGCCGUGGUGGAUUUGAUUCACUCGGCUAGAUUUCCGGGUCACCUUUCAUCGAAAUCCGUGCCAUCGAUUUGAACGAGCUGCUUUUCUGAUGUUUUGAGGCCGAAUCGAUGGUCAAAAUAUGAUCUUGAUGAGUCUUUUGUUAGACUGGUUUUUGGAAGAUCUGCCUGCUGAAACCAGUAUAAUGGUUUCCAUCUUUUAAGAACUCUUCUUUCUCUUGUGAGAAAGCAAGCGACACCCUCAUCAAAAUCCAAAUUUUGUUCCUACUGGUAAUCUUUAGAUCCUUCUGAUGAAGUGCAGUUGGGACUUCUCAGAUGCCCUUGGUUCCAAAUACAUGAGAUUUUUAGGGUGAUUUGUAGCUGUGGUUUUGAGAUGGAGGAGGUGGAGAAAGCUCAUAGAACUGCAGUGGAGAGCUGCCACAGAGUUUUGAACCUUCUCUCCCAGUCUCAAGAUCAAGUCCAGUCUACAAUCCUGUUGGCAGAAACAGGGGAUGCUGUUUCAAGAUUUAAGAGAGUGGUGUCUUUGCUCAGCAACAGUUCUGGUCAUGGAAGAGUUAGGAUUGUCAAUAAAGUCCAAUCAUCCUCCAACCAUAAUCUCUUCUCAGAUAAUCAGCUAGUGUCCAAGAUGGAUCGUAGUCCCAACCCACCCCAUCUCCUCCAGAGAAAUAUUUUAGAGAACAGACAAGUAGUUUUGGAGUCAAGUUCUAGAAACCCACUCCAAAUCACUCAAAGGAGCCUUCUUGAGAACCAAUUUGGGUCACAGGCUUCGUCCUCAAGCCAGUGCCAGUUUCUUCAGCUCCAUCAGCAGAAUGAUCCAAGGUUUCAGCUUCAUCAGCAGAUGAAGCUUCAGGCUGACAUGUUUCGGAGGAGUCGCAGUACCAUAAACCUCAAGUUUGAGAGCUCCAGCCAUACGCCAUCUGCAUCGACGGCUAGGUCCUUCUUGUCGUCGCUAAGCUUGGACGGGAGUGUGGCCAGCUUUGAUGGAAAAUCAUUCCAUUUGAUUGGUGGACCAGCAUCAUCUGAUCCGGUUAACCUGCAUCCUCCUCCCAAGAGGAGGUGUGUAUGUAGAGGGGAGGAUGGGAAUGGCAAAUGUGCAACAAGCGGCCGGUGUCAUUGCUCAAAGAGGAGGAAGCUGAGAGUGAAGAGAUCCAUUAAGGUGCCUGCUAUCAGUAAUAAACUUGCUGAUAUUCCUCCCGAUGAGUACUCUUGGAGGAAGUAUGGGCAAAAACCAAUCAAGGGCUCUCCUCAUCCCAGGGGGUACUACAAGUGCAGCAGCAUGAGGGGCUGCCCUGCAAGGAAGCAUGUCGAAAGGUGCUUGGAAGACCCCACGAUGCUCAUUGUUACUUAUGAAGGCGAGCACAACCAUGCCAAGCUGCUUACCCAGUCUGCUCAGACAUAGAGGGCUCAGAGAUUUCAUCAUUAGCAAGCCCAUCCGCCAAUCAUCUAACAUGUCACCCCUCCUUUUGGGGUGAUUGUGCCACCUCUUCAAGUGGUCAGAACAUGAGUUUCUCAAAGGUCGAGCAUCUUUUUGUAAGUCGGAGGGAAAUUACAAACUGAUUUUCCCGGAACUGUCCUGUAUAAAUGUUACUCUAACAGUGCUCAAGAAAUGGGGAGCUGUUAAUUGGAAGCAUUUCUCUUAUAUGUAUCAUAUGGAAGCUAUCUCAUAUGGAAAGGUCUGAAUCAUUCAUGGCAAUGAGUUCAUCAAAGUAGAGUUGAACAAACUCGCAAAAUUCAAAAUGGAGAUUAUGCAGUCUUGGAGGGUAGCAGUGGAUUUCAUGAGUAGCUUCCAGUCUUGCUCCUCCGGUGUCUGCUUGCCUGCAUGUUGUCUUGUCCACCACUUCUGUUGUGGCCAAAGACAAGGUUAUGCCAGUACUUGUGUUCAUGUCUCUGUAGUGAAGUGCUUCUCUGCACUCUGAAACUGCCAUGAAACCUCUUUCAUUGUUGUCUUCUGAGAUGUCAUGUAUUCCUUGUAUCACAGCUCUUUAUCAGUACCACAAAUAUGCUUACUUCA